AUGCUUUGCCUCGCUUUUCUUUCACUCUUCGUUGUGUUAGGGUUCUGUGGAGACAGGACGGAAAGUGCCACCACAACGGGGAAAGCAGAGACACUUGAUUGCUUGACUCAGAUGAACGAGGCAAGGGCAGCCGCGGGACUCCCUGGAUUUGGGGAAACAGCCGAAGAAGGAAAAACUCUACCAGAGUAUGCUGAUUCCGGAAGAGCGAUAACACCUGAAACUUUGUGGAAACAAGUCUGCCAGAAAAUAAUGGGGGACGAAGGCGCAGUAACUGAAAUUGAGAAAUUGUCAGGAACGCCCGCAUACUACCCCGGCAGCAAGGACUGCGCAGCGGCAGUGCAGUACUGGAAGGAAGGCUUUUCGCUCUUCAAUAACAAGCUGCCCCCCACGUACCAAGAGAUAGAUGAUCCUGAUGUUUAUACGGACAGGGCUGUCUCCUUUGUCGCCCUAUAUAACCCCCAGGUGAACCCUGUGGCCAGCUGCGCCUUUGUCACCUGCACAAAAGCAGCCGCGUCUGCUGACCAGGAUUUGUCUAGAAGCCCGGAUGGCCACUCAUUGAGAAGACUUCAAGCUGCGCCCCAAAUAACUACUGCUGUCAUUUGCUUGACAAAUCCGGUAGCACUGAAAGCUGGAGUAGCGCCGUUCAAGGAGGAGGAAUGGCAGAAGAUUGUUCGCGCUAUAGUUGGCACUGAAGAGGUCAACAGGGUUUCAGCCGUCACGCCGUCACUGACACUUGGUUUCAUAAUGCUUUUCGCCUACAGUCUUUUUUAA